AUGCAAUCAGAAUAUGAAUCAGAUGCUUCUGCAGAGUUGAAGAGUGAAAGUGACUCAGAUGAAGAAUCUGGGCUCCGUAGAAAUAAGAGACCUAAGUUUCCAGUUUUCAAUGACAAAACUGAUAUGAAAAGUGCUAAAUUUACUGUUGGCCAGCAGUUCACAUCAGUGGUUAUCUUCAGAUUGGCAAUUAGAAUACAAGCCAUUAUGGAUGGGAGGGAUGUUUACUUCACCAAGAAUGACACAAACAGGGUACGAGUGAAAUGUAGAGGCUGUGGGUGGGAGAUUUUUGGCUCAAAAAUGCAAGGAUACAGGACACUUCGAAAAGUUAGAGCUGCAAUUGAAAGGUCCCAUGAGAAACAGUAUGAAUUGCUAGAAGACUUCUGUGGAGAAUUGAGAAGAGCAAAUCCAAGGUCUACUGUCUUUGUAGAGUCUGAGGUUGAUGAUGAAGGAAUUUCUAGAUUCAAGAGGUUGUAUAUGUGUCUAGAGCCAUUGAAACGGGGAUAUUUAGCAGGAUGUAGAUGUUGGAUUGGAAUGGAUGGGUGCUUCUUAAAGGGCCCUUACGGUGGACAGCUUUUGACAGCCGUCGGCAUGAAUGCGAAUAAUAAAAUGUAUCCUUUGACAAUAGCAGUGGUAGGAGUGGAAAAUUAUGAUAACUGGAGUUGGUUUUUGGGAUUACUUGUCCAGGACUUGAGAAUUUCAAAUUCAAAGAAUUGGUGCAUAAUGACUAAUAAACAAAAGGGAUUGGUCCAAGCAGUUAGAGACAAACUCCCGGAGGCUGAACAUAGGUGUUGUGCUCAACAUUUGUACUCCAACUUCAAACUCAGUCAUAGGGGCUUGGCACUAAAAGAUAGGUUGUGGAGAUGUGCAAGGGCAUCAUAUGUGAACCAGUUCAAACGUGAAAUGGAGUUGCUUAGGCAACAAUCUGAACUUGCACAUCAAUGGCUGGCUGACAAAGACCCUAAAACAUGGUCAAGAUCUCAUUUUAGGGUUGGUUUGGAUUGUGACAUUCUGGUUAACAACAUGUGUGAGUCCUUCAAUGCUGUGCUAUUAAAAGCUAGAUCACUGCCCAUAAUAGGCAUGUUGCAGACCAUUUACCUGUAUUUAUUGAGAAGAAUGGAGAUAAAUAGGGAGGUCUCCUUUGUCCGAGAAUUUUUGAAAUACUUGAGAAAGCAAAAAAAGGAUCAAUGCAUGUGUAUUGCCUCUUAUGCGGGGACAAACAGGUACCAAGUAUCUUGUCCCUUUGGUGAGCAAUUUGUUGUUGAUAUGGCUGGCAAAACUUGUAGCUGUCGCAAGUGGCAACUGAGAGGAAUUCCUUGUGGUCAUGCUGUUGCAUGCAUUAAUAGAAGGCAUGAGCAACCUGAGCAACAUGUAUCUCACACAUAUUUGAAGACUACUUAUGUGGCAAGUUAUGAUCCCGUACUAAAUCCUAUCAAUGGCCCAAAUUUGUGGGAGCACAUUAAUUUACGACUAAUGAAGCCUCCAAACUUUGGAAGAUCACCUGGUAGACCCAAGAAAAUGAGAAAAAGGGUCCAGGUGAAGAGGCAACAACUUCUAAAUCAUGUGUCAAUCCAAAUAAACCUCACAAAGUGA